UUCAUUAACGAAGGACUCGUGUAUUUCUCUGUAGUACAUAUUAGACGUGGGCAUAUGGAAAUCAAGCUUAAAUAAAUAUACGUACUGACAGCAAACCAAUACGUAAUAGUCUAUAAGGAAAUUAUUCAUAGAUCAUAUUUUACAAAUCAGACUUUGUGGCACUUCCGUAAAAAAAUUAGAACUUACAUCAAGUUCUCUUACGUCAGUAUAUGUUUAAGAAAAAGUGUGUUCCACACAUAAUUAUAGAAGAAAGAAUGUAUGAUUUCAAUUAAUUCAGUGUAAAGUCCAAAGAUUCCGAACAGUAUGCGCGUGUCUCUGCGCGCAGAUCUGAUGUCCGGAUCCGGAUAAACAAUUAUCGUGUCUGGUUAUCGUAUUAGUAGUUCACUGCCGGUUAAAGUGUUAGUGUCAUAGUCAUCAGCAGGUUAACCAAAGAUGGAAGUACGAACAGAAUUAAUUACGGAACUUCGUGAAAAAUUUUUUAAAAAGUUGGCUGACGAGGGACCACCAGAUCCUAGUGUGUAUAUUUAUUUUCAUAUCGUAAAAAGAAUUUCACCCUGUUGAUAUUGCUAAUGUAAACAAUAAUAACUGGUUAAAAAGAUUUUUAGAGCACAAUGAAAACAAUAUGCAAGACUCACUUAAUAUGUUAUGGGAGACUUGCAGCUGGAGGAGUAAAUUUGGCACAAAUGAGAUUACAGAAGAGAAUGUGAUGAAAGAAUAUUUAAAUAAUGGAUUGUGCUUUAUUCAUGGUAAAGACAAAGAUGGUAAAACAAUGUUUGUUAUUAAAUGUAAGUUACAUACUAAAGGCAGUAAAGACUUUAGUCAAUUGCAAAAGCUUGUUGUGUAUUGGUUUGAAAGAUUAGAAAGACAAACUAAUGGCAAUCAAAUUUCACUUUUCUUUGAUAUGUCAGAUACUGGUAUUUUAAAUAUGGAUAUGGAAUUUAUCAAGUACCUGAUCAACCUUUGUAAAAAUUAUUACCCCAAUUUUUUGAAUUAUAUCAUUAUUUUUGAAAUGCCAUGGAUAUUAAACACUGCAUUUAAAAUGAUAAAGUCAUGGUUGCCACCUAAGGCAAUUCCAAAAAUUAAAUUUGUGCAUAAAAGCAACAUACAUGAGUUGGUAGAACCUAGUGACAUACUAACAUGUUGGGGAGGUAGUAACGAAUAUACCUUCAAAUUUGUACCGGAAGCACAAAAUAAUAUAGAUGCUACAAUAAAUGGAAAAUUUGAUAAUAAGAAGGUACAUUUUGCAGAAGGUUCUCCAUUAACAGAACAAUCUACAAGUAGUUUUGGAGAUCAAUCAAAUGAAGAACAAUUAUUAUCAAUUGAACCAGAUGCAUUUAUAUUUAAUAAAGUAGGAAAUGAAAUUAGUGGAACAAUUACAAUUAAAAAUGUGACUGUAGAUAAACCUUUAUCUUAUAAGGUAAAAACAACGUCGCCGGGAAAGUUUAAAGUACGGCUAAGUUCGGGAGUUUUAUUACCUCAAGAACAACGCACGAUUUCAGUCGUUGUACAACAAGAACAUAAUAUGCGCAGUCUCUUUCAUGUCGAUAAAUUCUUAGUUAUGUGCCUUCCAUUAAAAGAUCCGAACGCAUCGGCCCAAGAACUAGCAGUUUUAUGGAAGUCUGAGAAACCAGCAGAGGAACAUAAAUUAAGAUGUUGCGAUGGUGGAAUUACAAGUAAUGAAACAUCAAAAUUACAUUCUACCUCAGGCUUGUCAGAAACUGGUCAAAUAGAUAUACUUUCCCGGAAAAUAGCACAUUUGAAAGACAGUCAUACAAAGUUGUACAAUGAUGUCGUUUUCUUGAAGCAUUUAUUAUUCUUUUCUAUGAUAGUUACAAUCAUAAUGGCCAUAGUAGUUAUUUAUAUUUUAAAAGUUGAUAUUAAAAAUUUUAUGGAUCAACAAGUCUGUGACAUGCAUGGAAUAUAGGUUAUUCAGAUAGAAAUUUAUUUGAUUUCUACAUACACAUAACACGAAUUUUAAUUGUUAUAUAUUUAUGUUUAUGCUAUAACUCUAAUAUUUUUAAAUCGAUCUUUCCUAUUCAUAGCUUAUGUUUGUUUUUCGUUGUUUUUGCUAAAAAAGAAUUAUGUAAGAUACGUAUAAAACAUGUUUUUAUGUUAUCAAUAUUAACAUAAAAGAAAUCAGUUGAUAUUAUAUUUUGGGACGUUUGUGUAUACUAUUUAAUAUAUUUAGGAAGUAAAUAUAUUAUUGUUAUAAGAAAAAAAUAUAACAAUUGGAAUUAUUUUUAUAACGUUUUACACGUAUUUCUACAUACUAUUUGUACAAUUUAUCUUCCUUGUAAUUUAUAAUCUAAUAAUACAAAUUAUUUCAAACUAAUCCUUUUAUUUACAUAGCUCAUCUAAUAUCUUUAACUGGUUAAUGAAACAAUUAUGGGAAGUUCGUUUUGUUUCAUAUACGUGAUAAAACUGUUAAUAUCAAAUUCAUAUAAUAUACCAUAUGUAAAUAUUUCAUUCACGAUAAUUUUAUAAAAUGUAUUAAUAAACUAUAUAUUUAAAAAAAGCAGUUUCUUAAUUAUAUACUUUUACUAAAAAUCAUUGUAUUCUUUUAUUUCAAUAUCAUAUUUGUUAUUUUACUCACUAAUUUAUAUGUAUCAUAUAGUGUACUAUCGUGUAAUAUCUGUUUACUUCAAUGCAAACUCGUGAGAUUAGAACUGUUACAAUAAAAAACUGAUUGAAAGUCAAGACAUUUUUUGUACCUUAUGCUUGACAAAAAAAAUUUUAAUAUUGUACCUAACAAAUGUUCGAAUAAUUGCACAUACAUAUGUAUAUAAUUUUUUAAUACUUAACAUGUGAUUGUAUCGUCAUUGUAUAUAUUUUCUCAUCAACGUACACCAGUUAUUAAUCAUUUAGGAAAAAGUGAUAUUUCGCAUAAGUAAAUGGGUGUUGUUCUCCCCACUAAGAUUUUAAUCCUUGUUCCCACCUUAACUAUGGCUUUCCCGCUCUUUUCGCAUGGCGGUGGACUUUUUUUAUUUCGUCGAAUGCACCUCACCAGCAAGUUUAUCACAUGAAAUUACAUCUCAGCAUUAUCAACGCUACAUUUACUAGUAACAAAGUAUUAUUAAAGUAGUUUCACCGCCGUAUACUUAUAAACAUGCU